CGAGAAAAGGGAGGGCGAAGAGCAGGAAAUUCCCGAAAAAGAGCGGAUUGGAGUGGAAAAGGUGAUGGGAAGGAGAGUGUGGAUAAAGAUGUCUCUUUACAUGCAAAGGCAACAACAAUCAAAGAAGCCCUAGCCAGAUGGGAAGAGAAAACUGGUCAGAAGCCAUCUGAAGCCAAAGAAAUAAAGCUUUAUGCCCAGAUUCCCCCUAUAGAGAAGAUGGAUGCAUCAUUAUCCACACUUGGUAAUUGCGAGAAGCUUUCACUGUCUACAAACUGCAUUGAAAAAAUUGCCAACCUGAAUGGCUUAAAAAACUUGAGGAUACUGUCUUUAGGAAGAAACAACAUAAAGAACUUAAAUGGACUGGAAGCAGUAGGGGACACGUUAGAAGAACUGUGGAUCUCCUACAAUUUUAUUGAGAAAUUGAAAGGGAUUCAUGUAAUGAGGAAAUUGAAGAUUCUCUACAUGUCUAAUAAUCUAGUCAAAGAAUGGGCUGAAUUUGUGAAGCUGGCAGAACUGCCAUGCCUGGAAGACCUGGUGUUUGUAGGCAAUCCCUUGGAAGAGAAACAUUCUGCUGAGAACAACUGGAUUGAAGAGGCAACCAAGAGAGUGCCCAAACUGAAAAAGCUGGAUGGUACUCCAGUAAUUAAAGAGGAUGAGGAAGAAGACAACUAACUCCACAUUUUCCACUUUGUGUUAACUUAUUUAAAUGUCAUAAGAACAAUAGAUAAGUUUUAUAUAAUUGUCUAUUUUAAAGAUUCUGUGUGGGGCAAAAGGUUCUUAAAACAAAUCUCUCAUUCCCAUCUUUUCUUUUCUUAAUCUACUUAGCAUUUUUCUCCCUAAAACUGGUAAUACCAACUUUAUACAUUCUAGUACUCUUUUUAGAAACUAUGAAUUUUCUAUUUUUGUCUUCAGUCCCAGUUAUAUAGUGUUGCCACCUUCACUUUUAACAACAAAGGAACAAAUGUUCUUUAUUCAAUUUGUUUAGCUUUUUUAGAUUAGGCAGUUUAAAAGAUAUACUUUUGAAUGUGUAGAACAUCUCUCCUGAAGGUCCAUCUCCUUACAACUCAGAAGCACAAGUAUAGCAUGCCUUUGGUUGAGAAGGCAGCAUGGUAAUGGGAAGAGUUCCUUUUAGAAAUACAGCAGUCCUCAAACCAAGACUCCAAAGUCCAGUUGGAAAAGCUAUGGUGAAAAUGGAAAAAUUAAUAUCUUGGAGGCCUUCUAGCUCAUAUUAUAUUUACUUAUUUGUUUUUCCAAAAAUAUUCACAUAUUUAGUGCCAGCUGGAAUUUAGGUUGUGUUUACAUGCAUGGCCACUGAGUCGUUGUGUACAAUCAGUCAUUCUGUGAUCCAAGUCAAUGGUUAAAAUGACUCCUGUGAUCAUUCCCUUGACCAAUAAUGUGGCCAUAUGAUUUAUGUGGACCUGGCUUUAAGCAUACUUUUUGGCUUAUAGUUCCUUAUAUGUUAAAAGCAGUUGUUAUAUUUGAAUUCCUAGCCUAAAUGUUGAUCAUUGAUAUAUAUCAAAAUUUACCCUAAUGAUUUGAUUUGGUCUGGUGACCCUCAUUGCUGGAAAAAGUGAUUGUUAUUGUUAUAAGGGUAUAGACUUAAGGAUUGAAUUUGGUACUUUUCAAUAAAUGAAUCUUAGUAUUUCAAAAUAUAUUUUUUGAGAAGUUCUAAGUUAAACAGCUCUUAAAAUGUAUUAUGUAAGUGAUUAUGGAGGGAAGAGAGAAGAGAUAUUUCAUUAUGGGAUCCCAGGCAAAAGGCAAUGUUUGAGGAUUGCCUCCUACAUGAAGCAUUGGAGGUGAUUUAACCUCAAAUUUGCAAAACAGUAGUUAGAUGCAGAGAGUAGAAUUUAUCAUGGAGAAUGCAAGGCAUUGUAGUCAGUAACCAGAUGAAGUCCAUAGGAAGCCAUGGCUGAAUCACUAAUAAUUGCAGAAAAUAAGUCAGGGGCCCUCUGCCAAUUGUGCCUAAAGUCCCUCAGCCAGAGACUAUUGAUUCUGGGUUUUCCACCUACUUGUGUGAUUUUACUUGCAUAAAAUGACAGUGAAAGACGGGAUAAUCAUUUUUAUAAAAGUAGUCCUGGGUUUUAGGAGUUUUCAGCUAUCAAUUAAGUAGAAAUGACUUGAUUUUUCUGAGUCACUCUGAUCAAAAGGGACCACUGCUUUGACAAUCAACUCUAAAUACAGAUAAGAGGCAAAUUUAAUCUAAUACUUUUUUAGCUUCCUUUUCUCUUCCUUUCAAUCUGAUAGGAAGAAACCUUUACUUUGGUGUAUACAUUCAAAGCCUUUGGGCAUUUCUUUUCCAUAGUCAAGGAAUCUUCAUUCUCCAUGGUAAUGUUUAAGGCUCAUAACCUAAGAGGGAAGAUGAUCAUCCUUACUUAUAUUGUGUACUUCAUCCAGUAGGCGAGCUUGAAGUGAUAUUGUUAUGUAUGGGUAUGUUUUCUAAAAGGUACCUGGAAGUGAGUAUAAUAAGUAAUGGAUGACUUCAUAUUGAAUUUAUUUGUAAAAUGGCUUACAGCUUUGGUGUUUGUUUUUCUGUAUUCUAUAAUAUAGAAACGAAUUUUCACUUUUUCUCCUUGUUUCUUAAAUUCUUUUAAUUACUAGUAGAUCUCAGAGAAAUUUAAGAUACUUUUCUGUGUCCAUUUUACACAAAAUUCAUAUUCAGUACCAUUCAACAAAUAUUUGAAUGACUUCCAUGCAUCUCUUUCAUGGAACUAAAGCCAGAAUCCAUACAUUAGAAAAUGGAAGGUAGGGUGUUUGAAAAAGGGGAGAUAUCCUCUGAAAUCUUGCCUUGAACUAUCCUUUAUUGCCAUAAAUUGAGUUGAUAUUAAAUGCCUUUGUUUAUGACUGUUGGAUUAGAUAUUUGACCUACUUGGAAUGGAUUCUCUGGUUUAAAGAAUUAAGCCAUUUUAGUGGAUCAUUUAAAUUUCUUCUAUUCUUGUAAAUGAUGGUAGAGGUCAGGAAUCAGUCUAGUAUUUUAAUUUUUCACAGCAAAUUUGAUUCUAGUCUACCAAGGAAUUUAACUUUUCUGUGUUUCCUAACUCUAAGCUUAUGGCUGUAUUAUCUAGCCAGGCCUAUGAAAAGUUUUUGUGUUCUCUGUUAAUAGGAACUUGUUCCUUUAACUCAGAGGUUCCAGCCUUGGUACCAUUAACAUUUCUGGCUGGAUAAUUCACUAUUGUGAGGGGCUAUCCUGUGUACUAUAGGAUAUUUCGCAGCAUGCCUGGCUUCUACCCACUAAAUUUCAGUAGAACUUCCUCCCCAGUUAUGACAACAAAAGAUAUCUCCAGACAUUGCCAUCUGUCCCCUGGGGCAGGAGGAUGGGAACAAAUAAUCCUCCCCUGGUUAAGAACCAGUGCUUUUUACACGAACAUUCCUUUUGUCCAGAGUCCAUUUGUUUUCACUCUGUAGCCAUGUGCCACUUGAGUUGUUGUAUGUCAGAAGGUGAUGUAUUUAAUAAUCAUGGAUGCAACGGAAUGGCCACUGGUGUUUCCCGUUUUUUGUAAUGCUCAUUUUCACAAUUUUCAAAUAAUGUUAGAAACUCAGGGCUGAAAGGUUCAACUUACCUUUUUUCAGCAGGGUCUCAACUUUUAUUUCUUAACAUUCUUGCUUAUUUUAGGAUAGUAAUUAUUAACCUACCUCUCUGUUACUAUCAACAGAAUCCAACUUUAUGACAGAUUUUAUUUUGUCUCUAAAAUUUAAUAUUUUGAGUGUACUUUAGAAAAUAGAUCAUCAUUCUUUGUUAUUCAUUGUCUAUAAUGCACAGAUUUUGCAGACUGUGGAAGUGAUUAAAUACAGAAAAAUAUUGUAUAAAAUAUGAUAAUCAUAUAGGAAAGUUAGCUGGUGUCAACAUGAAUUUGGGGUGUGAUAGAAGAAUGUCUGCUCAUAGUAACUGGUCAAUAAUUUGGUAUGGUUACUGUAUCCAUUCUACAUAUAGAGGUGAUACAAGGCACUUAAAUAUGGCUCCUGUGUGGAAAGAAAUUUCAACUUGAAUAAGUUCUUCUGACACCCUUUACUAGUGGUCUAAAGCAGAAUAAGGAGGAAUGAGGAAUGAAUUCUCAGAAUUGGUGAUGUAUAAAUAGAGUUGGCAUCUUGUACCUGAUUUUUUCUUAGGGCUAAAUGGAAAAGAGUAAGGCUCACAAAGGUUGGAGUUAAUCAUUGACUUAAAAGCAUUUGGGGGAAUUGUCAAAGCAUUCAUCAUGAUUAGCUAGUGUCUCUGACUACAGUCAGACCAUCAGUUCACUAAGACCUUAUACAUUGUAAGUGUUGGUAAAGGGAGAAGAAUGCUAAAACACGUUAUACUUUACCAGAAGUUCAUUCCUUUGGCACACAUUUUCUUUAUUUGGGCUGUUUAAUGUGUUUGUAAAUAACGAAAUAUAAAAACAAGGUUCAGUUUAGCAGAGUUGGUGCUUCUUCUGACAUAGCAAACUUGGCUGUAUUCCUUUAUUUUGCUCUAGCAUGUAUCAUUUCUUUUUGUAAAACCAUAAAAUAGGUGAAAUUUUUAAAAUGAAGUGUUAUAUUUAAAAAUAACUGAACUUUUAGAAAUACCAUAUCUAGAUCUCUAUUCCUGCCUUUUUAUAAAUUAGUGAUUGUAAAGGAAGAAAAACUAAAAGGAAAAACUAGAGUAAAUCUUACCUUUCUCUGACCUAAGAUAAAUAGGUAAAACUUUUCACUCAAUAUUUAGGCAAGUCAUAACUGGAUUCUAGUUAAUUUCCCAUAUUGGGCAGGUUCAAAGGGAACCAGCAAACCAAAUGAUAAUCUAGCAAAUUUAAAGGGGUUAGGGGAGAGUAAACUAUUUUUUAGUAAAUUUGCACUUUAAUAUUAUGAACUGGAUGUUGGUGGAAAGUACUUCCAAAGGGCAAAUGGGUAAAUACCUAGCCUGCACAUGGAUGUUAGGGAAUCAGACCUCACCCUUACUCAUUCUAAGCCCACAUUAGCAGUUGCUGUCUGUUGGCAUAAUCAGAGUCAGGAUUUUCCUUUUUCCCUACUAGGGUCAUCUUCUAUGUCUGCUAAAUCCAAGAUCAUCCCUCUGGGGGAUGUAUCAAGUAGUUCAUCCUACUCAGAAACUUUGUGAGUUAUCUUUCCCACAUCUAGAUUUUAAAAUUAAGUGUCAGCUAAAUUAGGUUGUGGCUAACAUUUUAUAGACGGGAAGCUCUUUGCUUCUUUGAUCAGUAGGGUACCUGCCUCUGAGGUGCUAUUGCCUAGAGGGAUCAUCCCAUGAAAAGACGGGAGUUGGAAGCUGAAGAGAAUACACAGAUAGUCAGAUACUUCUCCCAAGUCGGCAGUUACGAUCACGAGCAUCAUUCAGAAUCCUUGGCUUUUAUUAAUAAAACCAACUCCAUUAUGAAGAACAUUUUAACAUCUAUUAAUACUUUGGUAAUAAUCUUUUAUAUACAGGAAUUUUGUAGCAUGACUUUAUGACUAAUCUUAUUGUGUGUUAAAUUAUUUAGAAAUGUUGAGUUUCUGAAUGUUAUUUUGUGAGAUUUGUUUUAAAAUGGUAAUAAAUUGUGUUCUUU